AUGUCGUCCUCGCCGCUCCCUACUGUCGCUGCUCCCCCGUAUGACGAUGCAGAGAAGGGCACUCUUGAUGUCCAAGUCGUGAAGCCUGCGCAUGUGACCUUACCUCUGCAGGAUUCCGCGGAUGAAAAGAAGGGUGACCUUGCCGUCACAACAACUGUGGUACCAGUAGUCAAGAAGGAGGCCCCAGCCACACCUCCCGCCAAGAAGCCAGCCAAGAAACCCAUUUCGAAGUGGAUCUUGUUCGUGCUGUGGUACAACACCUACAGGAAAUUAUUUACGAUCUGCUUCGGUCUGAACAUGAUCGCAUUUGGCUUCACUAUCGCCGGCUACUGGCCAUACGCGCAGCGGUAUACUGGUGCCCUGAUCGUGGGUAACCUGCAAAUGACUUGCUUAAUGCGCAACGAACUGUUCGGGCGUGCUCUGUAUCUAUUCGUCAACACAUGUUUCGCCAAGUGGUCACCGUUGUGGUGGAGACUCGGGUGCACAUCAGUCCUUCAGCAUCUAGGAGGUAUUCACAGCGGUUGCGGCAUAGCUGGAUUCUUCUGGCUGGUCUACCGGACCGUCAUUGUAUUCAAAGACCACGCGGUUAUGCACAACGCUAUCUUGUCCUUCGGUGUCAUAACUUCUUCGAUCAUCCUGUUGGCGUGCGUGAGCGCGUUCCCGAUUGUACGUAACACACAUCACAAUGUCUUCGAGCGCCAUCAUCGAUUCUCAGGCUGGGCAGGACUGUUUUCGACUUGGAUUUUUGUGAUCCUUGGGGAUCUUUGGAACACCCAGACUCAGACUUGGAACCUGAGCGGCGUGCAUUUGGUUCGGCAGCAGGACUUCUGGUAUGUCGUCCUCAUGUCGACAUUCAUUGCCAUCCCUUGGAUCUGCACUCGCAAGGUCGAGGUUGAGAUUGAGCUUCCCUCCCCCAAGGUAGCGGUUCUCCGGUUCAAGCGGGGCAUGCAGCAGGGUCUGUUAGCUCGGAUCAGCAGAUCUGCUGUGAUGGAGUACCACGCUUUCGGAAUCAUCUCGGAGGGGACCCAUGCGAAAUACCACUAUCUCAUUUGCGGUGUACAGGGUGACUUCACGCGUGGUCUCGUCAACAACCCGCUGCGAACUAUUUGGACACGCGAGCUGAAGUUCGCAGGUGUAUCCAAUACUUCGACUCUGUACAGACGAGGAAUCCGGGUCUGUACCGGUACUGGACUGGGCGCUGCCCUUUCGACCUGUCUACAAAGCCCCUACUGGUACCUGAUCUGGAUCGGCUCUGACCAGGAGAAGACGUUCGGUCCCACCAUCUCUGGACUCAUCCACAGGCACUUGGGACCGGAACGCUAUUGUCUCUGGGACUCCAAGCAGAGAGGCGGUCGUCCCGACGUGAUGAAGCUCGUCAAGGAGGCCUACGUCACAUGGCAGGCCGAGGUGAUCUUCAUCACGUCCAACUGGCAGGGCAACCAGGAGAUCAUGGCGGGCUGCAAGGAGGCGGGUAUCCCCGCGUUCGGGACUCUCUGGGAUUUCGUGAUGAUUGCGCACUGGCGGACACUUGCGUUUCCUCGAAGAAUAUGGAUGGCCUUGGCGCUCGAUGCCCGACGCCAUCCCGUCAAUAGACCGUUCUAUGAUGUUGUCAUUUCGUGUGGGCUGGUGGUGAAUAAAUGGUAA